AUGCAGAUAAUCGGUGACCCACUGUGGACUGUCAUCUACAGUCUACUUUUCCAUCCACUGCGAGAGAAUCCCGGACUGAAAAUCUUUGCGGCAUCUACUUUCACCGUCUACUACUAUCAAGUCCGUGGUCUCGGGGCCAAAGUAGUUCCGGCACUUCAUGAAAAGUACGAUCCUAUCGUUCGAGUCUCACCCAACAAACCGAGUUACAUCGAGAGUUAA